AUGGCCCAUGAUACUCGAACCAUUUUGCGAGUUACUAGAGAAGAGAAGAAUUUUAUUAGGCAAAAUAAAAGUAACCCAAAAACUCCCAAAAUGAAAUUAGCUAAUCACAUCAAACGUCCCUCUACCAGACACGUCGACUCCCUUGAAUUUCACCCUGACAACGCUAUACCAUUUCUAACUCGUACUCGAAACAAGAAAAACUUCGGAAUCUUGGAGACAAACAAUGGCAACACACACGUGUCACGUCUUCCUACACCGGUACAUACAAUGCAAUCAGUACACGAUCAAGAACAUCAUCAAGAGCCAUUUGCCGAGACCAAGGUUGAGACCAAGAUUACCGAUGGCAAGUGCACUUCGUUAACAGUGUGGAGAAAGUCACUUUUAAUUAGUUGCAAUGGAUUUACAGUAAUUAAUUCCUGUGGAGAUUUAGCGUAUCGGGUUGAUAAUUACUUUGAUCAUCCAGAGGAACUCAUUCUUAUGGAUGGCUCAGGAAAGUCCAUCUUCACAAUGCGUCGACGCAAGAAGCUUGGAUUACUAGUUGAUAACUGGCUUGUCUAUGAAGGUGAAGGAUGUGCAACAACCAAAUUAUCAAAGAAGCCAAUUUGGUGUGUGAGGAAGAAUGUUAACGUUUUAAAGACCAAUCACAGUGUACUUGCAUAUGUUUUUCGAGGAUCCUUAGAAAAAAGAUGUUCGUUUGUGAUUGAAGGUUCUUAUACGCAUAGAUCAUGCAAAGUAUUAGAUGUAUCAAGAAAGGUUUUGGCAGAGAUCAAGAGGAAAGAAGCUAUCGUUAGAGGUGUUUCUUAUGGGGUUGAGGUUUUUGUUUUGAAUGUAGAGCCAGGAUUUGAUGCUGGAUUUGCCAUGGUCAAAAAGAAAAAGGGUAAAAGGAACAGUCUUAACCUUUUCAAAGCUGCAAGUAUACGAAAUUCUGAGAGGAAAAAAGAUGGUGGAAAUGCGGGGGGUAUCGAUCCCCAUACCUCUCGCAUGCUAAGUGAGCGCUCUACCAUCUGA